AUGGGUGUCGCAUCAGCAUCGUCAAAAUCUAGGCAUAAUCAACGCCACUAUAACCAUUAUAGCAAUAAUUAUCCAAUUCAUCAACAAUUAUCAACUUUUUCGACCAUCGACCCUCAUUCUCAACUACAAUUAUUCCGCUACCAAGAAUUUCAGCAACAACUGCAUUUACAACAAUUUCUUUAA